CGAAAAAAUUGAAACGGCAUACGGUCAUACUCUCGUUUGGGAAUCAGAGUUACAAAUACACAUGAAAGACAACAAAAAGGUGAAAAAUAAAAAGCGAUGGAGCCAGGUUAUGUAUAUGUCGUAUGUUUUGGAGUUCCGCCAAAAAGGAAAAUUAAACAAUUGCUACAUUUUGGCAACGGACGCUGACGUAGACUUUACGCCGGAGUCAGUCGACUCUCUCCUCGACAUGAUGAAACGUGAUGAAAAUGUCGGCGCAGUUUGUGCAAGAACUCAUCCGCUUGGUAGUGGACCGAUUGUUUGGUACCAGAUUUUCGAGUAUGCAAUAGGUCACUGGUUGCAAAAGACAGCAGAGCAUGUCAUUGGCACAGUUCUCUGUGCACCGGGAUGCUUCAGUUUAUACAGGUGCACGGCCCUUGAACAAGUUCUGGAUAAGUACAAGGGGAAAGUCGGAAACGCCUUUGAUUUCCUGACGAUGGACAUGGGUGAAGAUAGAUGGCUGUGUACUCUCAUGGUACAAAGCGGUCGCCGAAUAGAUUACUGUGCUAAAGCAGACUGUAAGACCUACUGUCCAGAUACCUUUGAAGAAUUCUUCAAGCAGAGAAGAAGAUGGAUUCUUUCAACUCUUGCAAACCACAUCUUGCUGUUGAAAGAAUAG